AUGCUCGGUCCGGCCCCGGUACGAGGGCGUCUGAAGCGGUUGCAAGUCUUCGCCGCCCCUUCCUUCUCUGGGGGUCUGUGGAAUAGCCCCCAUCCCGUCUCGGCACGAAGGACUCAGAGAGCUCCGCUGGGCGCGGAAAUUGUACGAAUCCCACCCCCUCAGACUGGCCCCUCUCACACGCUUCUCAAACCCCUUCCCCAACUCACCCCCUGUCCCGCGCUCACCACUCUCCGCCCCGGUCCCACGUGCGCGCGCGCUCUCGUGCUCUGCCCCGGAAGUGUUCGCGACACGAGGGCGGAAGUGCGCAGGCAGUGCUCGCGGCGGCGGCGACGGCGGCGGGAGGUUCGGUUGUCGCCCGUUGGCCGCGCGGCGCCGCGCUCGGCGGCCGCCAUUGCAGUUUCUUUUCAGUUGCUUUUUAAAGACAGAAAGCUCAUGGUACAAAUUGUUAUUUCCAGGGAAUCCCUGUGCUGAUCGUGGGGCAUCAUAUCCUGUAUGGGAAAAUCAUCCACCUGGAGAAACCUUUUGCCGUCCUUGUCAAACACACAUCUCGGGAGCAGGACUGUGAUG